AUGGCAGUGGGGACUCUUGGCCAGUGGGUCCACUUUGCUUCCAGAGAGUUUCCAGAGGUAAAGCAGCUCGAGCAGCAGAUCAUGGAUGCCAGCAAGGAUGUGCUCCGGCUGCAUACACCGCUGGUUAGAAGCAAUUGCAGGCGGCUGGUGGUGCACCUUGGGCUGGCCCAGGUCCUGCAGCUCAUGGACAGCACCGGUGGCCGGGUUCCGCUCAAGGGCGAGGUCGACCGCGCGCGUGCGCUUGUGACUGCAGCCCGACGAACCAUUCGCCGGGUUGCGUGCUGGUCGACUGACGAUCGGGUCGAGCUGCACGGCGCCCGCAGAGACAGCACUCAGGGAAGUGCCACACUGCCUGCUCCACACUCUCCGAACCCGCAUCCGGUUCCACCGCAGCCUCAAUCUGCCCGCAAUGCCGCUGCCACAGACAGGCGGCCGUCCCCUCACGGAAGACCGCGGUCCCCGCGCGGUGAUGUGCCUCCACAGCUAGCUGCAUCAGCAGUUGCUGCACUGGGAGAGUGCAAAGCCGAUGCGGGGCGGGGCCACAUGUACCUCCAGGGAAGCUGUGCGAGCUUCUCGCGGCAUCUCCCAUGCUCCGAAGUGAACGGGGCCAGCGCACCCUGGAAUCCUUGGAAGCAGGGACUUCAGCGAUCGUGCCAUUGGCAUUGGCUUGCAGGAGCCACGCCAGUGGCGUUCGUGCUCGCUGCGUCUUUGCGGAGGUCGGUGCGACGACGGCAGGGGAGUGAGCAGGCCCUUGCCGUGGCCGUGGCUGUGGAGGAGGAGCUCACUGAUGGGGACUACUGCUCGCUGGCACUGAUAGACACUGAUGAGGAGGACCAGUGGAACAAAGUUUCUUUGGAUUCAAACAAGCGCCUACGGGACACCAGCCUGGCGGUGAUCAACUAUGUCCUCCCGAUUGUUGGGCCAGGAGUCGCGUUCUGGCAGUGGAGCAAUAUAUUGCAGCUGACUCAUCGAGUGUUGGGCGACGAGCGACAGCUCUUGGAGCUGAUGCAGGUCACGCUAACGCCGGCAACAAACGGCAUCGUCAUUGCAUCGCUGUCGAUUGCCUUUGGCACGCUCACGUCGCUCACAAUCUCUUCCCUGCGGCAACGGCAGAAGGAGAUCCGGCAGUACCUGAACAAGGAGGCUUGCGAGAUGCGGAUUCUCCAGGCGAUGCUGCUGGCAAGUUAUCGCCAAGCAGAAGCGCCGAUUAUGCGCGACGGUCCUGGUGGCAAUGCGCGCGAAGCCUUUAUGUGCUUGCGCUGCCUGGAGCUGCUGAACUUGUAUGCGGCGAGAGUCUACUCCGAGUCCACCUCCGAAGUGGACCUCAGCGCGCUCAAACGACAAAUCGUGCCUGACACGGAGAUGCUUGGAAUCCUCGACUAUCUGUCCGUAGCCAUGACAUCCCCAACCUUUUCAGCCAUGUCGCUCCGUGACAACGUGGCGAUGAGUGUGUCCAGGCUCAACGACUUCCGGUCCGAGCGCCUCUCCUCUAUCAACACGGCGUUUCCGUUCCUGCACUGGGUGAUCCUCAGCCUGCUGGCCUCCUCCAUCUCGAUUUGCUUCCUUAUCGAGGUGGACCAGUCGGAGGGGCGCUUCCUGGCAGAGCGCCCCGAGGAUUCGAUGCGUCUACGGCUGGUGUUCACGAUGUUGGUGGGAUCUUUCUGCGGCCUCACGGCGCUUUGUGCAGAUCUGAACGACCUUUUCCGGGGCAGCUUCAAUGUGAACGAGAGCGCGGUCCAGAUGAGUGUGGUGCAGGAGGUCAUCCGGCUUGAGAACAGCCACCUGCGCAAGGUCCUCGAGGACCGCUGCCAGGGUCUGCAGGAGGCUCCCAAAUGA